AUGGAGACCAAUCCAGAAAUUAUCCAGCCUGCAGUGUCGCAGGACGACCAAGCUGUCGCAGUCUUUCUCAUCCAUGAUGGCGGCGGUACAACAUUUUCUUACCACUGUCUGGCUCCUCUUGACCGCCCUGUUUAUGGGAUUUAUAACCCCAACUUUAGCAGUGGAGAGCCUUUUGAUGGUGGACUUUGCGAUAUGGCCCGUUUCUACGUUGAUUUAAUCGUAGAAGCUGUGGGCAAGAAUGACUUCCCUAAGCGAUACGAUGCCAAUGGGAGGGUUCAGGUUAUUCUUGGUGGCUAUAGCAUGGGCGGCCACUUGAGCUUGGAAAUGGCGCAUCAACUGGAUAGCAAAGACGCCAACAUCAAAGUCAUCGGCAUCCUCAUGAUCGACACCGUUUACCCCCAGAAGCAAUUGAACGGAACCGUCAGAAACACCGCAAGUGAAGAAUCUGUGGAGGAAGAGGAUAGGUCUCACAUUCUUGCCCAGCGCGCAAUAGCUGAUGCGAACCGCAUGAUAGAUGCGUGGACACCUCCAGUUUGGAAUGCAGACUCUGCAGAGCGUCGUCCCCGAAUCAUCCUGCUUCGGGCCAAGGAGGCUGUACCGCUGGAUAGAGACGGAACUAUGCACUUGGGUCGAAAAGAGCGGAACCUGGGAUGGGACAUGUAUGAGAAGGAUUUGUUUUUCAAUGUGGCAGACAUCGAGGGGCAUCAUUUUGAGAUCUUUGCAUUCAGGUACCUUGACGGUAUUUCGGAUAGCACCAAAGAGGCCUUGGAUGCUCUGGAGAAUGCAGCGUUGAAGGAUUGA